AUGGAGUGGUUUAAAAACUAUCGUGAAAUCAGGAAAGUGGCCAACAUUUGUUGUUUUUUUUUUUUGAAAUACCGGCCUAUUUUGGUUCGGAGAUCAUCGUGGACAAUGGAAAGAUCAGUUAACGAUGAAAUAGAAAAGAAGUGUCGCGCUUGCGCCGAACACUCGUCAGUACUGGUUGACCUCUUCUCCACGGAGAUCUCUGAUCCACCUGUUAGUGAAAUGCUUAACUCAAUUCUGCCUCAGAAUUACCAAGUAAUUAGAGAUGCAUUUCCUCAUAAGAUUUGCCCCUCCUGUCUCGUGUCCGCUCAAAAUGCGUUCCACUUCAGGAACAAGUGCAAGAAGAGUUUUCAGUUCUUUUCCCAACUUCUCCUAAUGGACGAAUCCGACACGAAAACAAUGGUCGCCAAAGCGGAAGAGAAUCCAUUGAUAUCUUUCGAGAUUGUUGGUUGCGAGGAUCCGCUUGAUACAAAUACGUGUCUAAACACGGAAGAUCGGCUGGAUCGGCUGGAAAUCAAUAAUGAUGCGGAUCCAACAGACGUGUUGUCAAUUAAAGAGCAGGAAACUCAACCAUUGGAAGCUGUUCUUGAAAUAACUUUGAGCGACGUUAAAACAGAGGAAGAAAUGUCUAACGAAGAGAUAUUGGCCGAUGUGUUGGGAACCGACUACGAUGAUGGUAAUGAUAAUAAUGUUGAUGACGAAGUUGAAGGCGAGUCCGAUGAUUGUUCAGCUGAAUGGUCUGAGGACCAAGAUGAGCCCAGGGCCCCCAGUGAUGAAGAGCACAAAAAAAUUGAUGAGAAGAAUCAAUCGCUGCUGUGUACCGAAUGUGGAGUAACGUAUACGACGCAGAAGGCGUUGAAGUAUCACAUUGCUAGGCAUAGAGCGCAGGAUGAUUCCCAAAAGGCGCACCUUUGCGACUUCUGCGGCAGAGGAUUUCGGUUCAAUGCGCAGCUAACAAGUCACAGGCGGAAACACACCGGAGAACGUCCCUUUAAAUGCUCUCGAUGUCCAAAAGCUUACACCAACCUGCCGACUCUUAAGUCGCACCUGCGCACUCAUGAAGGGAAGGUUUACAAAUGUCUGCAGUGCAGUAAGAGCUUUCACACGAUGUCUAACCUGCGAGCGCAUCAGCAGUGGCACACUGGUGACAGACCAUAUAAGUGUUCCGAAUGUCCAAGGGCCUUCACAAAGAACUCUGGACUUAAGUUGCACAGUCGUCUGCACAAGCCUGAAAGACCCUUUAGAUGCGAACUGUGCGGCAAAGGAUUUGUGCAAAACCAGCAUUUAAUAACCCAUCUUCGGGUGCACAACGAGGAUCGCCAGUUUAAGUGCCCUGAUUGCGAUAAGUCGUUCUUCGAGAAAUCCAAUAUGAAAAAGCAUCAGCGUACCCACUCAGGCGUAAAGCCAUUCAAAUGCGAGGAAUGCGGACAUGGGUUCUCCCACAACCAUCAUCUAAAGAGUCACCUACGGAUCCACACUGGAGAAAAGCCUUACAAGUGUGAUCAGUGCGGCAAAGGUUUCUGUGCAAAUCAGUCUUUGGUAAAGCAUACUCUUUGGCAUGUUGAAAACAAUGAUCGACCCUACAAAUGCUCUCAAUGUCCUAAAGCCUAUGACAGUCCGCAGAGUUUACGGGGUCACGAAAAGACGCACAAAAAACCUGAUGAGCCGAAAACGUUACACCAAUGCCCUCACUGCGAAGUUAGAUUUGCUCUUAAAAAGACCUUGGACAAGCAUAUUAGUAGUCAUAAGAUUCGUCCUCACCCAUGCCCUCAUUGCCCAGAAGGAUUCUUCUCCGAGAAGAGCUUCAAAAAACACCUCAAAGUCCACAAGACGUAAAAGUUAUUUAGUUAUUUUAAGAAUUAAACUACCCCAUGAUGUUCAAAACAAAUUCUACAGACUUCGAAUAUAAGUAGAAAAAAGGCAAUCAACACAUAAGACUAAUAGAAAAUUAACUAUAAGUUAUUAUAUUGUUGUUACUCAUAGAUCUAAGAAUUAGCAAAUGGAAAUUAUUAGAUUUAAAAAACUUUAUGAAAAUUGUAUCAAAAAUCAGGGUUGUGGUAUAAUCGUAAGUUUAUUGGUAAGUUAUGUUAUUUAAACAAUCUAAAAUUUCAUUGUCCGUUCAUUAAGGCAAGUUUUGUCUGUUGCACAGUUUUUAACAUAUCCUGCGCCCAUUCCGAUUGCCAGCAUGAUGAAUAUUUCUAUUUGCUAUAACAUAAAUGCCUUGCUUACACAUUAUAUUUGCUUACGUACAGAUUUUGAUUUUCAUUUCACAUUUUGAUUUUGAUGAAUCGCAACAGUUUCUCCCGUAGAAGAGGAGGCUUUUCAAGCCCCCCAACAUAAAGGCGCGAUAUGUUUCCAUUUUUUUUUUUUGAUUUUUGAUUAUCAGUUAACAGAUUAGACCGAAACGGACCCAACAAGUAGUCCGUGAAUAUUUAAAAAACUGAUUUAUGGAUUACUUGUGGGGUCCAUAUUGGGAGUUUUAGAACAAUUCUGGACAAACUAAAUAGAGAGAUAAUAGAGGCGCAAAGCGUUUGCUUAGACAAUUUGUGUUUAAAGUUUAAACAUAGGUACAAGUACGGUUACAUUACAGUAAUUACAAUAGGUACAAUAAUCAUAUCCAAUAUGCGGUAAGUGUUUAAAAUUAAUAAAGCGUAAUUAGAUAGAUUUCACUACGAACAGAAGAAGGGCAAUGCUUCCAGUAUACAAAUAACAAUAAAGUACAAUACCUAUAAUGCCUAGGUUCUCCGA